ACAGUGGCAACGAGCGGAGAUGAUGAGAGGGGAGGGAAGUCGCGUCGCUUGAGCGUCUGCUCUGCGUGUAUGGGGGGUUUGGCUAGAGGAGGCGCGGCGCACUCUGCCCUCUCCAUACCACCUGUAUGGAUGACCACUUUAACCUAAUCGACUCACCCCGCUCGGUGAGACACAGAGGCAACAACGUUGAGAACCACGGUUACUUCGAGACGGAGAAGGGCGUCAUGACAGUCGAGAACAUGUUGGAGGAGUCAGUGGCGCUUUCGAGCCACCUGUCCGUGGAUCGAUAUGAGCGAGAGCGUGGACGCGAUUGCUGCGAGAGGGUGGUUAUCAACAUUUCAGGUUUACGCUUCGAAACUCAACUCAAAACUUUCAACCAGUUUCCGAAAACGUUGCUCGGGGACCCCAGAAAGAGAAUGCGUUACUUUGACCCACUGAGGAACGAGUACUUCUUCGACAGAAACCGACCCAGCUUUGAUGCCAUUCUCUAUUAUUACCAGUCAGGAGGGCGCAUACGGAGACCUGUUAACGUGCCCAUUGACAUCUUCUCUGAGGAGAUCAAUUUCUAUCAACUCGGGGAAGAGGCUAUGGAAAAAUUCCGAGAGGACGAAGGAUUCAUAAAAGAAGAGGAACGUAUUUUACCCAAUAAUGAAUUCCAAAAGCAGGUUUGGCUUUUGUUUGAAUACCCUGAAAGCUCUGGGCCAGCUAGGGGAAUAGCUAUCGUCUCAGUGCUUGUCAUUUUAAUAUCAAUUGUUAUAUUCUGUUUAGAGACCUUGCCUGAGUUUCGGGAUGACCGGGAACCUAUCCCGUUAGCACCUACAGUCAAUGGGACGGCCUCCUACCACGCAAAUCCAUUCACCGACCCUUUCUUUGUGAUAGAGACACUUUGCAUAAUCUGGUUCUCUUUUGAGUUGCUGGUCAGGUUCUUCGCGUGCCCCAGCAAAUCCACGUUCUCAAAAAAUAUCAUGAACAUCAUCGACAUUGUCGCCAUAUUUCCCUACUUCAUCACUUUGGGGACAGAACUGGCUGAGAAGCAGGGUAACGGUCAACAAGCCAUGUCCCUGGCCAUUCUCAGAGUGAUAAGGCUCGUGAGAGUCUUUCGCAUCUUCAAGCUCUCCAGGCACUCUAAGGGCCUACAGAUCUUAGGGCAGACGCUAAAGGCCAGCAUGAGGGAGCUUGGACUGCUGAUAUUUUUUCUUUUCAUUGGAGUUAUCCUUUUCUCCAGUGCUGUUUAUUUUGCCGAAGCCGAUGACCCAUCCUCCAGUUUCACAAGCAUCCCAGAUGCGUUCUGGUGGGCUGUGGUCACCAUGACUACUGUCGGAUAUGGAGACAUGCACCCUGUGACAAUUGGUGGCAAAAUUGUUGGGUCAUUGUGUGCUAUUGCCGGAGUGUUGACUAUUGCUCUCCCUGUGCCAGUUAUUGUCUCCAACUUCAAUUACUUUUACCAUAGGGAGACUGAUGGAGAAGAGCACGCACAGUACUUGCACGUCAGCAGCUGCGAGCACCUACCCUCAGCCACAGAGGGGCUGAAAAGGACUCGUAGCACGUCAUCUCUGAGCAAGUCAGAAUAUAUGGUUAUAGAGGAGGGCAUCAACAGUGGGUAUAAACAGCCCAACUUCACCAAUGAGAAUAACCAAAACUGCGUGAACAUCAAAAAGAUAUUCACGGACGUGUAAAUGCUUUCAUUUUAUAUGAUGGAGAUAUAGAGUUACGACUACUAUUUUUUUCUAUGAUAGCUAAACUAAUCGUGAUGUGUCGGUACAUAUCUGUCAAGUGGAGUGUGCUAGUGUGCCACAGAGGUUGCAAAACGUACUGUAAUCUUACAAUUCGUCCUUGAGUCCAAAACAGGUGUUGAUGUUCGGUAGUUCGGUAGGUUGUAAGUGUUGCAUAUUUAUUCCCGAAUCGAAACAGUGUUGUCGUUGUGUUUUUUAAAGGGAAACGUUCGUUGGUUUAUCAGUGUUCAGUCUUGUCAUUAAUAGCAAUACAAUAUAAUCUACAAUGUCUGUAGGAUGUUGCUUACAUCGGAUGAUGACAAACAUAGGCUAUGCUUGAAUGGGCAACAUAUGCGUAAUGGAAAUAUCAUGGACAUACAGUAUCAUAGCCUACGAGAGCAGGCUUUUAGCGUUACAGCCAAUACCAAAUAAAAUAAGAAAAUGAAAUUACCAAGACUCGGGAAUGUCUUUGAUAAAAUAUCUCCAUGUAAUUUGAAUGUCUCAUUACCCGUUAAAUGGGCUAGAAUAAUUGUAUAGCCUACAAUUGACAGUGGUAGUAAUUAUUGGUAAUUAAUGGAUCUAGUCAUAAUUCCAUCCAAAGACAUCGUCAGGACUACAUGGAAUUUAUUUUCCUACAAAACAUGACUUCAAGACUAUUUCCAUCAUGGAGGAUAGUGUGAGCACAAUGAUGAAGACAUGGACACAUUGCAUAUAAUGCGCGUGGAUGGAAGAAAGAAGAACAGCAAAGUCCCGCCUCCUGGAUGCCGCUGAGCCUUGUGAUGCAGUCUCCAUGACGACUACAGUUUCCUGGGUAACCCCGUUAAUGUUACCAUGGUAUCGCUCUGCGUUUUCACAGAAACCCUCCAGAUGGAUGAGCAGCCCGCCUUGAAAGAGAGAGCAGAGCCCUCCGUGAGUCUUAAUAUGUCGGAUGGAUAUUUUCACUUGGCUAGAUCAGAUAACCUCAUCUCAACCUGCCAACAAGCAUCGCCCAACCAACACUGCUGCAGCAGAACACAUGCACCUGAAAGGCCUAGAGGAGAAAUACCCUGACUCAUACCAAUGGCCUCAAGCUCCAGCAGCACAACACCCCACCAACUGAAAUACAUCAAGAUAUAGAGGAUCUCUAUGGCUCCACCAUCUCCCACACAUACUGUACUGGGCUAGAGAGAGACCCCAGAGGCAAGGUGCCAUGGACACAGUGCCUUCAGCUAAGACCUCAACACACCUCCCAUGGACUGUCUAUCAGAGAAAAAUAUUAUGUGUUGUACUCUGUGCUGAUUUCUCGCUCUCUCUCGCUCUCUUUCUAGUGUCUUAGAUCUGGAAUACAAUCCCAGAGAUGCCAGUGCAAGAAGUCACACUGUGUAUGUGGCCCAUCAUAACUCCCCAGUCCCCAUCAGGCCUGCGGUUGGUCCAUGGCCGUCCCCAGUCCCCAUCAGGCCUGCGGUUGGUCCAUGGCCGUCCCCAUCAGGCCUGCGGUUGGUCCAUGGUCGUCCCCAGUCCCCAUCAGGCCUGCGGUUGGUCCUGGCCGUCCCCAGUCCCCAUCAGGCCUGCGGUUGGUCCAUGGUCGUCCCCAGUCCCCAUCAGGCCUGCGGUUGGUCCAUGGCCGCCCCCCGUCCCCAUUAGGCCUGCGGUUGGUCCAUGGCCGUCCCCAGUCCCCAUCAGGCCUGCGGUUGGUCCUGGCCGUCCCCAGUCCCCAUCAGGCCUUUCGUUGGUCCAUGGCCGUCCCCAGUCCCCAUCAGGCCUGCGGUUGGUCCAUGGCCGUCCCCAGUCCCCAUCAGGCCUGCGGUUGGUCCAUGGCCGUCCCCAUCAGGCCUGCGGUUGGUCCAUGGCCGCCCCCUGUCCCCAUCAGGCCUGCGGUUGGUCCAUGGCCGUCCCCAGUCCCCAUCAGGCCUGCGGUUGGUCCAUGGCCGUCCCCAUCAGGCCUGCGGUUGGUCCAUGGCCGUCCCCAGUCCCCAUCAGGCCUGCGGUUGGUCCAUGGCCAUCCCCAGUCCCCAUCGGGCCUUUUGUUGGUCCAUGGCCGUCCCCAGUGGAGUAGAGGACUGAGAUCAUGUUUUUCAGCAUCACAAUGUAUUCAUGGUGUGUUGUCGUUGUCCCAGACAAAUGUAAGCACAUACAUGUGUCAUCAAUUCAGUAAGCUUUUGCCUGUUGAGUGAAAAUAUUGCAGUGUAACAAGUUAGGAUUGUUUAUCUGAAGAAUGAAUGUCAUUGGGGAAAUGUAUUUAUCACACAAACACACAAGCACACACACAUGAUUGCAUCCUCCUCUCUUUCCCUUCCUCCUCCACUCUCUUCUCUCCUCUUUCCUCUGUCAUCCUCUUUUCCCAAUACAAUAUAAUACAAUGACGUCACAGGUGCAGGUGGCUUAUCAGAAGUGCUGAGUGGCUUUGUUCUCUCUGGAAAUAGGGUCCACUCUUCAUUUCUCCCCACUUCAGUAUUUCUAUGUUUGGGAAAAUGAAAACAUGUCUGUGACUUACCCUGAGCUAUAAAUCACUUGUCAGUGGAGCUCAAAUUGAAUGCUUAUGUGGAACACCUCAAGCUGCAGUUCAGUGCACCUCAGGAAGAAAAAUGUAAUUUUUUUCUACUGUAUGUUUAAUACAUUAGGUGAGGCAUGUGAUUCCAUUUAUAUUUAGUCAACUGAACAUAAUUACUGUACAUACUGUACAUUACGUGUGUGUGUGUGUGUGUGUGACUGGAAAAGUGUGUGACAGUAUGUAUGUGUGAAUCUGAACAUUAGCACAGACAGUAUAUAUGUACGUUUGAGAGAUGCCCAGCUGUAAAAUGUAGAUCGUCUCAGCUGGUACAGUACGCCUGGCUGACUGCACUCUGGAACUCUCAGCAUCAGAGUGCUGAGAGACCCUUCUCAGGAGAGACCCUUCUCAGGAGAGGCACUCUCUCUGUUGCCACUGUGUUGGAGGAAGAACACACACACACACACACACACACACACACACACACACACACACACACACACACACACACACACACACACACACACAACACACCAUCCAUAUCAUGGUUUAGCUGCACUUAAGGAAGCCAAGCCCCUCUGUGUUGUCAGCCUCUCACAGCGGGCUGGUCUUCUCUGUGGCUCGGUAGGGGCUCUCGUUGUAAGCAGACGUGUGUGUGUGUGUGUGUGUGUGUGUGUGUGUGUGUGUGUGUGUGUGUGUAAGUCAUGCUCAUCCAGAGGAGGCAAGGAGACCCCAGGCAUCCCCCUCUACUCUCAGGCAGACAUCCGCCACAUGAAAGGAGUGAAUCAGUAGCAGCAAACUAUAAUGAUACAGGGGAUGCAGCUGACAUGCAGUCCAUUCUGGGGAGAGAGAGAGUUCAUUUAUAGUACUACUAACUUCACCAACUGUACUGAUGAUUGUGUAUAUCUGUAACACUUCCUGUCUUAGCCCUAAAAAGUUUAUAAAAAGCUAUAGGGCUGCGGACAGAAAUAUAGUAUGCUUCAGACAUAUUGCUAUUAUUACUCGAUACAAAUGGAAAACCAUCCAUCUACUCUUCAGAGGACGUCUAAUGGCAGACUGGGGGAUAUUUAUAAAAUUCACUCUUCUGGAUCAUGACUCUGCGUUCAUUCAACACUUUGAGUCAAGACUAAGGAAGGCCCACAGACCAUAUCAUGGGUAUUGUACACAUAUCCUUUUCUCCCAAGGGAUAUAAAUACCAAAAGCCAGUUAUUAAAGAAAGGGUUUUACUCUCAAGUGUUUCAUUUCUAUUGUCCUGCUCUUUGGCCGUAUGUGUAAAGAUGAUCCGCUAUCCGAUCAGUCUAAGAAGCGCGAAUGAGACCAAGGAUACCAGAGAUAUUCAAAGAAAAUGUAUUAAUACAUGAAUUGAUCAUUUAGAGGGGAAAAAAGACUCAUAUAACUUUCAUUAACAAGUAUAAAUUACACAGUUGCAGAACUUUCUGAAUGUGUUGUAAUUUCUACCUAUCAAUAAAGUCUAGCAAAGCC